UUAACCUCCAAAGCCGAGCGAUAAGUCUUGGUGGGGUGAUAUCCACCCAGAACCCCGCGCUGAGCUGAGAAACUUUGUGCGGAACGCGGGGGAGUGUUCGGACUUCGGAGGGCAUCCCCGUCGACAUCCCCAUAGCCGAUCCCGGGUUGUUUCCCGGCGGACAGAAACGCAAUCGGUUUCUCUCACACGUGUUUACAGACAGCCUUCGCUUGAUAAACAAACGAACAAUGUCUUCGAGUAAUCUACCCGACAUGUUCUCUCUCGAGGGCCACACCGCGCUCGUCACAGGGGGCACUCGAGGCAUCGGCCAAGCAGUUGCCAUUGCCCUCGCCGAAGCCGGAGCCGAUAUCCUUCUUGUCCAGAGAGAUGAGACGUCCACCAAGACACUCGACGCCAUCCGGGCCCUCGGCCGCACCGCAUCCAUCUACACAGCCGACCUGAGCUCCGCCGAGGACGUGUCCAAGCUCGUGCCGCGGAUCCUCGCCGACGGCCACCAGAUUCGCAUCCUGGUCAACUGCGCCGGCAUCCAGCGGCGACACCCGUGCGAGAAGUUCCCCGACUCCGACUUCAACCAAGUCAUCCAAGUAAACCUCAACAGUGUCUUCACCCUCUGCCGGGACGUCGGCGCCCACAUGCUGCAGCUCGACCCCUCGCCCGUGACCGGCCGGCGGGGGUCCAUCAUCAACUUUGCCUCGCUGCUCACCUUCCAGGGCGGCCUGACGGUGCCCGCCUACGCGGCGUCCAAGGGUGCCGUGGGCCAGCUCACAAAGAGCUUCGCCAACGAGUGGACGGCCCGCGGCAUCACCGUCAAUGCCAUUGCCCCUGGCUACAUCGAAACCGAGAUGAAUACGGCACUGCUGAAUGAUCCGGAGCGGUUGGCGAGCAUUAGCGCGAGGAUACCGGCUGGGAGGUGGGGGAGCCCCGAAGACUUCAAGGGCACCGCCGUCUAUCUAGCUACCAAAGCGAGUGCAUACGUGAGUGGCCAUGUGCUAAUUGUGGACGGUGGAUGGAUGGGAAGGUAA